AAAACCCGUGUAUUAAAAAGAUACAAUAAAAACUGAGUCUUCAAAACGCUUCUUAAAGUUUGACCUCCUUCUCUUUCCGUACGUGAUACUAGGAAGUUGUUUUGUGUCACCCGGAACUGGAUAGAUUGAUCUAGAUGAGCGGGCGAUGCUGCGUGGAGCUGUGACUGAAAGGAGUAGUGGUGCAGUGUUCCGUCAUGGAGUAAUGAGUGGUAAAGCCUCCUCGCUUUGUGACUAUUUCCAUACAUUGUGUCCGGAUUGUCUCAGUUAUCUCUAGUUCUACGAUGGCGAAUAAAAGGAAACGGCAAGAGGAUUUUCAGAAAGUAAAGCUGAAGGUUGGAAAGAAAAGACCUAGAGCAGACAAUGUCACCGACACCAAUUGUAGGAUUAAGUCCAUUCACCUUAACGAGCAGCUGAGAGAAGAUACGUCGCUGCCCACCAGUAAAAGGAAGCUGACAUUACAGGAUGUCUUGUCUCAGAUGCACCAUUACAAUGCAGGUGUUAAACAUGAUGCUCUUGUUGGACUCCGAGAAAUCCUAUCAAGCCAUCCUUCAGUAAUCGAUACACACAUUUCUGUUAUCAUGAGUGAGGUGGCUGCAGUAUUUACCGACAAAGAUCCAAUGGUUAGAUCUUCAGCUAUUUCUGUGCUACAGCAUUUAGCACCCAUGGUCUCCCAAGAUAAAAUAGCUCCUUUCUUUCCUCUUGUAAGUGCCCAUCUCUCCACUGCUAUGACUCAUAUUAUGAUAGGCAUCCAGGAAGACUCUCUAAAGAUCUUGGACAUUCUUUUGGAAGCUUACCCGGAUCUACUAAUUGAUCGUAGUAGUAUGUUGGUGAACAAUUUUUUGGAACUAAUUUCUCAUCAGAAGAGCUCUAAAGAAAUGAAAAACACUGAAAAACCAUCUAUGUGGACAUUGUCUGUCAAUCCUAAUAGAAAAAUUACUUCCCAGAAAUGGAGGAUAAAUGUACUAAGCAGAUUGAAAAAAUUUUUGCAAGCAUUAGUAAAGCGAGCCUCAAAAAGAUUCCCAAAUGACGAAACAAUUCAGGAUGAAACAGAAAAGCUUGUUUCUUUAAACAAAUAUAUUGAUGUCUCUUGGGCAGAACAUGCAAAUGGUAAACAUUGUAUCAACCUGUAUGAGUGCAGAGAAAGAUGCUCAUCUACGAUCUCAUCAUUUUGUUUAAGGAUGAUAACUGGUGUAUCUGCCAACACAGAUGAAUGUUUCUCUUCUUCAUACAAUUUGAAAGAGUUUAUUCAAGCAGUUGUUCCAAUCUUGAUUGAAUGUUGGGUCGAAGAGGCACCUGAAGACACCAUAGGAAAUUCUAAUGAAAAAAUUCUAGAGCCUGUAGCACAUCAUCUUUUACAACAGGUUCUGAGUAUAAUUUCCCUUCUUUGGAAACUAAGUGAACUCCAGGAUGAUCCACAAAAAAUGGAUGGCUGGCUUAGGAAGAGUUAUCUAAAAGAUUUCAAGCAUCAUUUUAUGAAGCAUUUUCCAUAUACUGUGCAUGAUACUAUACAACAGAAGAAAAAAUUAAAGAAAGGUAACAAAGAUGAAUUUCUCUCUCACAAUGGUCUGGAUCAUCUUUUACUAAAUUUAACAUUAUGUGACAUAAUGGUGACAUUGGCAGAUGCCUCAACACUUCAUGAGGAUUCAGGAUGGCUGAAUAUGAUAAGAAUAUUUGUGACUGAAAAGUUGGUGAAUGGAGGAAGGCUGAACAGCAAGCAGUUAAAAAGACUACUGGAAGUAACCAAUAGACUGUUAUAUGUUCAAAAAAACAGGGUGGCUACAGAAAAGUUGAUUCAUGCCGUAUACAUGAUGUAUCAGCAGAGAGACCUUCAUUUGUCUGUACGUUCCACGCUUCUAACAUUUUUCAACAAAGUUUACUUAAAAGAAGAAGAUAUCUGUCUCAAUCAGGGGAGAAGUCGAAGUAAAGUGCUAUUUCGCUGGCUUGCAAGUCUCCCAAUGCAACUUGUUAAUCUUGGUGCAAGAAACUAUCAGCUUUCUACUCUCAUUAUUGAUACCAUUUAUAUAGCUGCAGCUCGAUCAAACAAAGAACUACUUCAGAACCUCCAGACAGUGGCAUGCCAAAUUUAUGAUUCUGAAGAUGGUUUUUUUGUACAUCUGCCUGAAGACUUGCAGUUGAAAUUGGUGCAGCUGUUGUACUUCAUCCCAUUAUCAUCUGAUUUGCUGGCUCGUUUAAGCCAAUUCUGUAUUACUGAAAGAUUUUCACCAAAACUGAUUUCCAGGCUUAUUGGUAUAUUCCAUGCCCGGUCUUCAUUUGGAAAUUGGAUGUAUUCAGCCAUUGAAACUACGACAUUUGAUGUGGACUAUUUUAGUUUUUUAUUUUCAACACUUAUAGGAUUUUCUGCAGAACAAUUGUCAUGGAUGCAACGUAAUGAAAUAACUUCUAGAGUGAGCAGUACCAGAGUUUCCCCAAUUACUCUUUACUUGACUGAUCAACCAUAUUUUUUACAUCAUUGGACAGUCAUGCAGAUUGUAUGCAGCAGUUUGUCUUCAGUGAGACCAAGACACCAGUGUUUUGAUAUCCUUCAGAAUGCAAUUACUAAACAUUUGGGUGGCUUGGUGGUAGUUCCUGACAGCACGAUUGGAUCCGUUUUGCAUGCUUUAAAUAAUCUUCUGGACCAAACUUGCAACCCAACUGAAAGUUUUUAUGUGUUCUUGGCUUCCAGCUGCUACAGUGUUUUCAAUUUCUUGCUCACAAUUGAAAAGGAUGCUGAACAUGUACAGAAAAGAGAUUUUCUAUGGGGAGAAUGCAUUUCCUUACUUUCCUUGCUACCAAACGUUCUAAAGCUAAUGUUGCAGAAUCUUCAGGUUAGCAGAGCAUGCCAGGAAGAGCUACCAGUGAUUGCCCAGCUGCUUCGUCUGCUUCUCCAAAACACACAGCUAAGAAGUCACAUGAUGACCAAUGCAUUUCUAGUACAGCAGACCCUUCAAGAUGUUAUGAAUAUCAAGAGCUGUGAAAUUCAAGAACAAUGGCUUACAGAUCUACAGUACUGCUUCAAUGUCUAUCUUAUGAAACAAAUCCAAGAGUAGGACAUAUAUAAUUUUUUUUAUUAUAUAUAUAUUUUUUUUUUUACGGAAACUGAAUUCUGUCUUCAUAAUGAUGUCGCUGGAUUCUUUGCAGUGAACUUGUCUUAAAAAAUAAAAUAUUCUGUGACAUAAAGAACAGAGUAUGUUGUCAAAUGCUGGACAAAUUUUAAUGUACAUGUAGUUAAGUAUUAAUGUUUUGUAUGCCUUCCAUCGCACCAGCACAUUUUGUUGACACAUACUUCAUUUACAGCAGAACAAACAUUCUCAUUCAAUAAAUCAUGAGUGCUGAAUAGCCCAUAGAACUAUGUAAUAUCUGGAACAAACAUUUUAGUUAAUGAGAUAUUACAAAAUCUAGAUUGUCAUUUUAUUUUCAAAGUUUUUUAUUAAAGUUUUGGAAGUAUAAUCAAAAGUAUAUAUAAUACAAUACAUAGCAUAAAGAAAAAAAUGGAAAAAAGCUAAACGUGCAUAAGAAGUCAAGGGGCAAAUGGAAAAAUGAGAUAUGAUAAAGCCUUGGUAUGCAGAGAUUCCUAUUGAGUCGUGUUCAAAAAUCCAGUUAGGAACACAAACAACAACAAUUCUGAUGAGGGCAUCUUCAAACGAACCAUAAAUCUUAUAACCGUUUACAGGAAGGAAUUCAAACCUGAACAAAUGUCAGGAUUAUGAAUGUCUAGAACGAAUAAGUCCCAGGCUAAUCGGUAAACAGACACGACGAAGACAGAAACACAAGGGAGGACCAACAAAGGGACAAAGGUGGGAAGAAGGGUAAGAAAUGAGAGGAAAGAAAAAAAAGGGGGGGGGGGGUAGAGGAAGUUCCAUUUGUCCUAGAGUAAAUCCUCCAAAAUACUCCAUCCAAAGCUGCCAUGUACCAUCAAAUGUCAUUUGGGAAUCGAAAAGAAGGCUAGUUAGUCAUAAUCCAAUUUAAUUUAGAGCGGAUAAGCUGGAAAGGGACAGAAGUCGAUUUCCAACCAGUCGCUAUAGCAAUCUUGGCAGCCAAGAAGAUGUAGUAGACAAGUUUACGCUUCCCCUUAGGGAUAUUAGGAAUUGGUGCAUUUAGCAAUGCCUGCUCCGGAGAUUUAGUAAGGUUGACACCUGUAACAGAAAAUAUAAAAUGGUAUAAACGUAUCCAGAAGCGUCUAACGCACCAAAUGUGGAACAUAGUAUCCGUUUGUUGGCAUUUACGAAAGCAAAGAGGGGAUGCUGAGGGGUAAAUCUUUGCAGUUCUUACUGGAACCAGGUACCACCUAAGCAGAACUUUCCAGCCCGCUUCCUGCAAGGACGUGUUAAUAAAAAAUUGAGGUAAAAAAAGCGCAAUUAAAGAUUUGCAUUUUAAAUGUCUUUCUCAAUAAAGGUCUACUUAAAUGGUUCCUUUUUAGCUAUUUUAUAUUAUUUACUCCAGAAGGUAAAAAAAUAAAAUAAAAAUAAAGCAACUUUAUUGAAAAUCUACCAUGUAGUUUGUGCAGCUCUGCUUAGGGCUAUAUGCAUGUUUUCAGUCUAAUAUCCUGCGCAGUCUGAUGUUGCUGUAAUUAAGUAGAUACAUUGCAGCAAUAAAAAGUGGUUGCAAAGGUGUACAUUUUAAAAGGGUUUCACCAAGGUUACUAUUUAUCGUAGGAGAAGAGAUAAAUAUCCGAUAGUGGGGGGGGGGGGGGCAACCUCUGGUCCCCAUCAGUCACGAGAACAGGGAUCCCUUGUUUUCUGUAUGAAUGGACCAGUGGUCAACCCUGCAUCAUGCUUCUUCAUUCCCUUACUAUGGGACUACAGGAGAUACUUUUCCUAGGCUAUCAGCAGUCCCAUAGCAGUUAAAUGGAGCUGCAGAAUAUAUGCUUAAAGAGGAUUUGUAGCCAACCCCAGUAAAACUAGAUUGCAUUAUCAAUAAAAAGCUUGGUGUACUCUGAUCAUACACCAUUUUACAAGUAAUGGGCACAAUUAUACACUCAGGGGGUGUGUGUUAGGCAUAUACGCCC